CUGUACUUUUUUGAGGAAACGCUGAUUGUGUGGUCGGAAUCGGAUACCUGCGACCUGGCGCUAAGCUUCCAGGAGAAGUCAGGUUGUGAGGAAAUUUGGGCCAAGAUCUGUGAGGUACAAGGACGUGAUCCUGGUGAUUCGGAUGGUGGUUAUGAUGAAAUGGAUGACGGUGAAUUGAGCGAGGGAUCCUCAAACGCUUUGUCAAAUACCAUUUUGCCACCAAUUGAAAUUGCUCGACUUGCUGAAGUGGACACCGUCAUACAGAAUCAUCUUGCAUCACAAGCAUUGCGAGAAAAAAUGGCGAGCGCGAUUGAGGCAGAAGGUGUUUUGCCGAAAUUAGCUGACAUAUUCCAUAUGUGUGAAGAUAUUGAACAUAGCGAUGGUCUGAGAACGUUGUACUCAAUUGCGAAGAACUUGUUCAUGUUAAAUAGGAAUAGCCUGAACGACUUACUUGUCAGCGACAAAUAUCUAAAGGACAUGAUUGGUAUGCUUGAGUAUGAUCCAGCCCACGAGUCACCUCGUAAACAUCGGGAAUUUCUUUACGAAAAAGCGAAAUUUCGUGAAGUUUUGCCAAUCGCUAAUGAUGAACUUAAGGACAAAAUCCAUCAAACCUACAGAGUCCAAUAUUUGCAAGACGUAUGUCUGCCGGCGCCAUCGCUUUUCGAGGAGAAUCUCCUGUCAGUCUUGAAUAGUUACCUGUUUUUCAAUCGUAUCGACAUUGUGAACAUGCUUCAGAAGGAUAAGCGGUUAAUGAAAGAAUUGUUCGAUCAAUUGCGCGACCCUCAGACAACCGUUUCGAGGAGGAGGGAUCUGGCACUGUUCUUGAAGGAGUUCAUCACAUUUAGUCAAGGCCUGCCUCCCAAUGGUGUACAGAGCAAGGACAAUUUUUUCAAAGUACUUAUUUCAAAUGAUGUUCUUGGCACCAUUGAACCGUGUAUCAAAUCACCUGAUUACGAAACACGAGUCACUAUAGUUGAUAUGCUUGCGUUACUUGUUGAUCAUAGCCCGCAGCUCGUGAGGGACUACUUGUUAAGACAAGCCAAGGACAAGAGUGAUGAAGACGUUUUGUUAAAUCGUCUUCUUAUCCAUAUGCAAACUGAUCGCGAUCCUGAGCUCACAUCUGGGAGCCAGGUUCUUCGAACACUCCUGGAUCCAGAUAAUAUGGUCUCUAUGCAAAAAUCUGAUCGAUCCGAGUUUCUCAGUCUUUUUUAUCAGAGGUCAAUAUUUACUCUCGUGAGACCAAUGGUAGAAAAUGUCAAGGGAGGUACUAUAAAGCGUGAUGACUAUUGCACUGCUAACCGGCAGUCAUUGAUUGUUCGGUUAUUAUGUUUUUGUAUCGAACAUCACUCGUUUUCUAUGCGGCAACACUGUAUUUCGAACGACUUGCUCAACAAAGUGCUCGUACUCUUACAAAGCGAACACCAUUUUUUGGCUUUAGGUGCUCUGAAGAUGCUACGUACUGUUCUGGCAGUGAAAGACGAUUUUUACAAUCGGUAUAUCGUGAGGGAGAAGGUGCUGGAUCGGGUUGUCGAAUGUUUUGUCCGUAAUGGAGCACGAUACAAUCUCCUAAACUCUGCAAUGCUUGAACUCUUCGACUAUAUUCGUUCGGAGGACAUCAAGCUGUUAGUGAAAUACACGGUGGAAAAUCAUAUGGCGGUAUUUGAAGAAGUGACCUAUGUAAAGUUGUUCUCCGAAUUGAAAAUACGUUAUGAACAACAACGUGAUCGUGAAAAUAACUCGAAGAUCACCGUCGAGCAACGAGUACCCAGUCCAGCUGCGUUUGUGAAAGAGCGGCAGGAAGAACAGUGGUUUGAUGGCGAUGAUGAGGACACAACGGAGAGCAGGAAGGAAAUUGUUGAAGCGAAAAAGGAAGUGAAAAAGGAUCCAGAUUGUCAUCGAAAAGCUGCAGUUGAGUUGAUGUUUCCAUCCGUUCUGAAACGAAAGAACGCCUUUGAUGAAGACGACGAAGCAGUGUUCAGUGGGCAGCCAGCGACUCCGUUGGCAUCAGUGAACGUGAUGGCAGAGAAGAAGAUUGUAAUCAAAAUGAACGAUCGAUCUCGAACUCCAUCACCAUUAGGAUCACCGUCAUCAUCUGGAAGUCAGCUUGCCUCGCAAGCUCGUGAAGACGAGGUCUCCUCUUCGCAGAAUAAUAGUAAAGAGAAUAGUCCGUCACUGGGUGUCAAGUCGUUGGUCGAUUAUGAUGAAUCGGACUCUGAUGAAGACGAAAACAGUGCGCCGAAUGAUUUGAUGCCGUCUUCAUCCACUGGCAGUCCAGUGCAGCUGACCGAGUCGGCCGCUGCCGUCUCACCAGUAGGAGGCGACAUGUCGUCUUGUGACGACGAUGUCUCAUCAACUAGUGGAGAAGAGGAAUCAUCAGUGAGUGGUGCGCCAUUGUUACGAAGAAAGCGUUGA